AUGGGGACAAUUUAUAAAAUAUCUUUGGUAUGUGCGGCUGCGGCCGGCAUACUAUUCAGCCCUACCGAAGCUGUGAGCUUGACUAGAAGUACCGUUGUUAAAGACCGUUCCGGCAGCCUGCAGGACCGACCCGCCGCCUUCAAGGCAAAUGACAACUCUAACUCGGAUAUUGUCAACGGAAACUAUCCCUUUGCAAUUCCUGUUCAGUUAGAAGACGAGAGCGAUGAAUAUUUCGACCCUUUCAUGGAGCCUUUCAACGAUGGUCGCUUCGAAUCUCCUAACAGGUUUAUGCCUGCUGGAUCUAGUAUUAGAUUUGAGAAUCCUAUCAAUAUUGAUGUCUAUAACGGUCCUGCUGGGGAGAGCUCCGUUGAGUAUGGUUCUUCUGAGGAAUCUCAUAUUGAGGAGUCUCAUAUUGAGGAAUCCCGUAUUGAGGAGUCUUAUAUCGAGGAAUCUCUUACCGAGGACUCCCAUAUCGAGGAGUCUCAUAUUGAACCCUGUGUCGAGCCACCUUGCAACGGUGAAUCAUUGGGUGAGGACGUAUCCGCCGGGGUUGAAAUAAUCGAAGCCGCCGACGAAGCCGAGAUUGAAGAAGAGGAAAUCACACCCUUCGGGGAGGGCCUGGGUAAUAUUGAGAUCAAUGUCGAAGACGAAACCGAAGGCUUUGAGGCCGAGCCUACCGAGGAACUCUCCAAUGUCGAUGAGCUAUUCGAUUCCGUGGAAUUUUCCCCCGAUAUUGAGGAAUUCUCCGACGUCGAAGAAAUCACCCCCGAUAUUACCGAGGAAUUCUUCACGCCACACGAUAAUGUUACCAUCGAGGCCGCUCCUGAGCGACCUGAACCUAAAACUCCCGAGCUUGUCCGAAAGAUCUGCAGGUCUCGUGAGUUCCAGCCCACGGCUGCAAAUUACUGGACUUCUGAAACCGACAAGUGGCUUAGGGAGUUCACCGUGGCAAGUGCGAAAGAAGCUUCCUUCAAAGAUUUUGGACUUUUCAACUUUAUUGCCCAGAAAUACCUUGGCUGUGAAGGCUUCUACCGCGGUUAUCAAGGCGAAUUUCCCCGUCUUAUUUGUGACAUCAGGUGUGAAGAUGUUGUUGCUAAGGUUCACGAUGUUCAUGAGGCCAGGAGGGUCUUUUUUGUGCUUUCCAGUGCCGCCGCUCUUGGCGAGAAAGCAACAAUCAUUCAUAAAUCGAUUCAAGAUGUGCCAAGGCACGUUACCGAAUUGGUAAAGAGUAUGCCCGUGAAAGGAUGGCACGAUAGCUCUUCCGAAGAAGUCAGAAAUAUGUUUUUCGAAACGAUCGAAACCGCAUUGAUUAUCAUCUCUCCCGUCCUCCACAAGGAAAGGACCAUUCUCGAAGGACGCAAUGCUCUCCAAGUUGCCAAGCAUUAUUAUGAUCAAGCCUGUCAAGUCUCUCAUCAUGCUUCCAAGGGCGAUGAUGUCUUCAGGUUUGACAAGAUUUUCAAUAGUGAAUAUGAGCCUUCUUUGACCGACUUGGACUUUGCAUCUAAGGGACAUUCGGAAAUUGGUGCUCUAAUACCGGGGGGAAUGCCCGCAUACUCUCCACUGGGUAGAGCUGUGUCGAGGUGGGGAAGUGUUCUGGAAGACGCUAGGUCAUUCGUUGUCGUUUUGGAGAGCGGUGAGGUGCAUACGGCAAUGGGUGAAAGCUCCGAGGUAUUCAAGAGAAUAUUUGGUGCGGGCAAGCACAUCCAGACAGGCGGGAAGUCUGAAGCCGCAAUUGAGAAACUUCUGGCUGCUGCAGCCUACGAAGCAAAGGAAAAGCUCACACAAUCAUUUUUAGAUGUUCUUCGCGGAGCUUCCAAUACUGAUAAUAUUUUGGGGGCUACUGAUAUCUCCAUAAUUCUUCGUCCGGGCCAUCACCUUCCCUCACUCAACAAGAAAUCAAUCACUGAAUUCCAACAGUCCUCGAUUGAAAGGAAAAUCGCCCGUGAAGCUUUCAUGAAACUCUUCAACAACUCUCUUCGUUCAGACCCUGUGUACAUCUCGUGUACAAGGGAUAUUCAGUCGAAAUCAUGCAGCAGCGAUAGGAGCGGCCCACAGGACCUCAAGUUCUGUGCUCCUGGGGGAUAUGUAUGCUACAUGUAUCAGUGGAAGGACCGUCCUACCCGUAAUUAUUCGCGCAAUAUCAGGCCAAAGGGCCAUGAACACUGGGACGAGAAACCUUGGAACAUUGACGUUCAGCACAUCAUCCAAAGUUCCUUCAAUAAUCAUAUGAAAAAACCUUGCCAAGAACCAACUAUCGCGACUCUCGGCGAAUCCAAACAUACCAGUCACUUCAAGAUUCCCGUCUGUGUCUCUGACUACAACUGGAACACGCCAAUUAAUGCAGGUUUUACAUGCAACACUGAUAUAAACUGCCACGCGAAGAAUCUACCAUGUCACUGCGGUGCUUGGGGUAAAGACACCAUGUCUGUCUGGAAAGACAUUGGCCUCACGGAGUCCGUUCACUAUCACUAUCAUUCUGCUACUGUCUGCCCUCGUCAAAUCCGUAGAAGGAUCCACGACGACCUCGAGCGUUACGUCGCAUUUUGCAAACUGGACAUCAGACGCGGAUCUUCCAAGAGCAGAGUCGACGGACACAGAAGGUUCCAAGGGGGAGAUAGAUAUUGCGAUGUAAUCGUUAACUAUAUCGAGUCAAUGCCCAAGGAUCCCGUGACUCAUGAGACGCCUCGUUGUAGGGAUUUGGAUAAGAUUGACCCCUCCGUUAAGUUUGCUUUCCUUUGUCAUAUUCGGAAGGGUGGAAGGGGAUGUCAAAUGUAUAAGAAGACAUUUGACGGUCUUUGGAAUUCUUGGCAAGAAUCUAACCCUACUAUUUAG